AUGAGUCAACUGCGUAGUGACAUAUUAAGUAAAAAAAAAUAUGCAGAAAUUGAAAAAGCUGAAUUACAAUACAAAAGAACUUACACAGUAACCUUUGUUCAACCUUAUGAUGAUGAUAAUAGAAUGCAAAAAUUACUAGAUUCUUUAUCUUCUACAAGUAAUAAUGAAAUGCAUCUAUCAACUGAGCCAAAAGAAACAAUUGAAACUGAUGAAGACAUAGUCAAUGAUACUGAAGAUUACUAUAAUGAAGUAUCUGAAUUUAAAUCUGAAAUUGUUGAACAGGUUACUCAUCUAGCUGAGGAUCCGUUAGCAAAAUAG